AAACCUCGCCAUAAUCUGCGAGUGCAGCUGUUGUUGCGCAUUCAGCGGAGAGCGCGCGCCUUAGGUUGGUUGAUGUCGAGCCUCGCGCUGCUUGCCGCGCACUGACCCAGACCGGAGAGCUCGAGAGAGUGCACUUUUUGCUGGUUGCAAACGGAAUGUUGUCGCUGUCUCAAAACGUUGGUUUCUAUACGACAGUGCGACACUUCCCGUCCCUUGCCGGAGAGGACACCGUUCCACUACCAUGAGUUGUCUGGAUGUUAUGUACCCAGCUUAUGGACAUUACGCACCGUAUGCGCCAGCCGCUCCCGCAUUCAUCAACAGUUUACAGCUCAACCUACUGACAACCUUGUCCCAGACACCAGUCGGUCUGAGAAGUCCCUCUCCUCAGAGCCGGGAUCUCAUGGACAGCAUGGGGACCCCGCGUGGCCCUCCGGACGGGGUUUCGGCCCCCAGCACAGGUGCUAGAUCUUCCUCUUCAUCCUCCUCAUCCUCCUAUCCGGUGGGGCGAGCAGGGGACGGCGGGCCCAAAGGCAAACAGGAGACGCCCGACGCAGAGUACCUUACGUCACGCUGUGUCCUCUUCACCUAUUACCAUGGUGACAUCAGCAGCGUGGUAGAUGAACACUUCUCCAGAGCUCUCAGCUCGUACAUGGAGGGGGAGGGCAAGAGGAGGGCAGCGGAACUGGCCACAGUUGGACAUCUUCAUUCAGCGCGCAGACAGUCUUCCUGCCUCACAACAGAUACUAUGUUUAUACUCGGUCACACCCCGUCUCCCAGCAGCCGACGCAGUUUCCCCCCCUCAUUCUGGGACAGUAACUACCCCACGCCUCAAAGCCGGCCCCACUGUGACCAGGGGGCCCCCCACUAUUCCAUGGACCCCUACGCCUCUGGGAUGCACCCAGGCCUCCCGCAUCCGCACCCCCACCCUCACCCUCACGCCCACCCCCAUGCCCACCCUCACCCCUCAGAGGGCUGGGCCUACGCCCAGAGCCAGGCCUAUGGGCCCCCCCGACCCCUCCAUGAACUGUACUCCCCAUCGGGGCUGGAGCCUCACUACGGCUCCCUGCUCAUGCCCACCGUCAGGCCCCCACACCUGGGCACCCUGCCAGGGCACUACGAGGUCAGCAAGCUAGAGCCCACAUCUGCCUGGCCUGGCCUGCUGGGACCUGCGGAUGUGAGCCAGACUCUGGCCCUCAACAUGGAUGCAGGCCUUCAGCACCAUAAGAAAGGCAAGGAGCUGUACUGGUUUUAACUAGCGACUCCAGACACACACAGCCGUCUCCAUCCAGCCAUCAUUACCACAGCCAAUUAGACUUGCUUCUGGACAGGUCCUAUUGAACAGCCUCUUGUCCUUUAUCCCUCACUCCUCCCCCACUCCUCCCUCCAUCCGUCUCCCCCACCUCCCUCGCCUCCUCCUCCAUCCUCGGUCCAUGGUGCCAGGACUCCCUCUCUCCAGGCUUGAGUGUGUGCACCAUGGAGAUAAAGACCUUCUGGUGAGGAUAGAGAGAGGGAUAGAUGGAGGAAGAGAGAGAUAGAGAGAGCAUUGGAGACCCGAUUAUGGUAUGUGUGUGUUUGACUCCUCUUUUUCCCCUCUCUCCUCCUCCUGAUCAUCCCUCGCUCCUAUCUAUCGGUUCACUGGUGCAGCAUGAGGGAUUCUGGCAUCUCGUCAGCCACACUGACCUGUUUGGACAAAAGCAGACAGACAGAAGGGAGGAUGGGAGGAGGAAAAAGAUGGCAUAGGGACAGAACAACUUACCAUCACUUUGUUACUGGAUUAGUUGAUUUCUCUCUCUUUCUCUCCCUCCUCUCUCUCACCAUCUCCCUAUCUCUGUCUCCACCACGCCAUAUCUCUUUCUCUCCCUCCUCUCUCUCCCCGUCUCUCUCACCAUCUCCCUAUCUCUGUCUUCACCACACCUUAUCUCUUUUUCUCCCUCCAAUCUCUCACCAUCUCCCUAUCUCUGUCUCCACCACGCCAUAUCUCUUUCUCUCCCUCCUCUCUCUCACCAUCUCCCUAUCUCUGUCUCCACCACACCAUAUCUCUUUCUCUCCCUCCUCUCUCUCACCAUCUCCCUAUCUCUGUCUCCACCACGCCAUAUCUCUUUCUCUCCCUCCUCUCUCUCCCCGUCUCUCUCACCAUCUCCCUCUCUCUGUCUGUCUCUGCCUCUUUCUCCUUUGGGACUGUGGCAUCCAUCUCAAUUUAUCGGCAUUUCAGGGAUGUCCGUCUGGCUGUGUCCAAGACUGGGUUGUGAUUGUAAUCUUUAUGCUGUUUCAGUUAUUUCUUUUCCUGAGAAGUAUUAUUUAUUGGUGUUUAUAGUUUGUUUCUAAAACUAUAUUUUGAUUUGGCCAGUGAUCUGAAAAUACUGUGGUUAAGCCAGUUUUCUUUCUUGUGACAAUUGAUGGAGAAGAUUGUCAAUGUGUUGAACAAAAUUAACUGAAGCAUGUAUUUAAACAUAUAUCUCAGUUUGAGAUUUGUUUCAAAACGUGAUUUCAAAUGUAAACAUAUCAAGCUUUACCACAGCUGAUCUGCUCAGAAUCCCAGAGACUGGAGAUUCUCACAGCAACUGUUAUCAUUCAACAUGUUCCUUUAAUGUUUUAUUUUCGUUUCUUUUGUUGUUACACAUGAUUGUGAAUGUUUUGAAUUUGGACCGUAGUCUUGUUCUGAUAUGUUAUUCAUGGUGUCCUUUCUCUGGCCUUUGUUAAAAAAGAAUAUGAUUGUCAAUAAAUAUUUUUAUGAUAA